AUGUUGUACAUCACGAUUCUUAGUCUAUUGGCUCCGUUGGCCUCUGCUGGUGUCAAGGGAUUCGGCAUUAUCUUCAGCGUUGAGCCAAUGAAGGGCUCCACCGGGGGUGGUACCGAGCUCCACAUCGCAGGCGCAGGCUUUGCCUAUGUGACACAGGUCCUGGUCGGAGGAAAACCUUGCCAUAUCCUUGAGCAGAUGACGAAGGAUGGUGAGCUGACGGCCUUCACACCUGCCCUGCCACAAGGCAAGCACGAUGUUGAGGUGGUGUUUACCUCAGGUCAUCGAGCGAAGUUAAGAGAUGGACAGUUCCAGAGCCACUCCAGAUAUACACCCGUGGUGAACACGAUUUCACAAGCCGCCUCGGUGAUUAGCAACGUCACGUGGCGGGGUGACUUGAAGAAGAUGUUGGAGGUGGGCAUGAACGAAAUCUUUCGAGAUACAGGUGAAAAGAGAAAUGCGACAGAGAUCAUGCACGCCUAUUUGGGGACUGGCAUUGAGAUCUUGUCGGACAAAGCUGGGCGCGACGAAUUUCGUUGCGACAUUCUGGAGACGCCGACCGAGACGGAGGGUGUGUGCGAAGUUUCCGCUGGAACCCCGGCAGGUUACUACAACUUCACCUACGUUUUGCAGGACGGUGUCAGUAUGAACGGAUACGGCAAAUCUGUCUGGGAGGUGCACUGGGGUCAUUUUGCGCAAUGGCAUGGUGUGGCUCACUCAAAGAUCUGA